AUGACUGACUACCAAGAAACACAGCUGGAAGAGCUGGAAGUGCUCGAGUCCAUCUUCCCAGAGGAGUACAAAGAGCUCACUCGCGAACCCACUGUGACGUUUGAGAUCACUCUCAAGCCAGACGAAGGCACAGAAAAGUCAGAGGAACUCACCCUCGCGUUUGAACUGCCUCCAACAUAUCCCGAUGUGGCGCCUGAGAUUACCACAUCCAGUGCGAAGAUACAACCACAGCUGCUCAAUAAGUUAAAACGUGAGCUCGAUGAAAUGGCCCUGGAGAAUAUCGGAGACGUCAUGGUGUUUGUCAUUGCGUCACACGCGAAGGAAUGGCUGGACACGCGGAUGGACGGAGUGCUGGAAGAAGUGCAGAGCCAAAAACACGGAGGAAGAGCUCAAGAAACUAAAGGUGUGUACAUAUAG